GGGAGCUGAGCGGGGAGGUCUGGGCUGCGGCCGUGAGAGAGCCCGGCGGCUCCAGUGGCCUCCGGCUGCACGGGGACGGGAUAGGGUAGAGCAGUCCCGAGCUGCCCGGGGGCCCUGACGCACCGCCGGCCGUUUGUGCGCUGCGGGAAUUUCGCCGGGCUGCUUUACGUAUGAUUCUGGGGCAUGUUCUGAGUUCCCGGAAAGGACACGGUUAAACACUCCUUUCUUUUGGUCGGGAUGGAUGAAGAGAGCCUGGAAGCAGCGAUCCAGGCCUACAACGCCCAGCUGCAGCAGGUAGAGCUGGCGCUGGGGGCAGGCCAGGACCCCUCGCAGCAGUCGGACCUGAUUCAGUUGCAAGAAGACUUAAAGCAGCUGAUAGAACUGACCGAGUCCAGCCUGGUGGCUGUCAAAAAGAGCAAGCUGCUGGCUGCCUUAGAUACAAAUGCCUCCUCCUCAUCCCCCCAAGUAAGUGCCCCGGAGCAGCAUGUGAACCCCGACAGUGCUGCCCAGGAUGAGGAGUAUGCUGCCUUCAAGGAAGCCAUUGCUGAGCUUGGAACUGAUGAUCAGAUUUCAGCUGAUAACAGCGAGAGAUCUUCAAAGGGAAAUGAAGAAAGCAAGGAGAAAAGUGGAUUGAAGUGCAGUGAAGAGGAGGAAGAGUCUGACAGGGAGGAGGAGGAGGAAUUGAGUGGGAUGAAGGUUAAAGCCCCGUACUACAGUUCUUGGGGGACGCUGGAGUACCAUAAUGCCAUGAUUGUGGGGACAGAAUACUUGGAAGAUGGCAGUGCGGGUGUCAGAGUGCUGUAUCUCUAUCCAACUCACAAGUCCCUGAAGCCGUGCCCGUUCUUCUUGGAUGACAAAUGCAGAUUUAAAGAGAACUGUCGGUUUUCACAUGGCCAAGUGGUUUCUGUGGAGGAGCUUCAGCCAUUUCAGGAGCCCAAUCUGAGCACCCUGGAGGUGGGCUCUGCCUGCCUGGCGAAACACAGCGAUGGGAUAUGGUACACUGCAAAAAUAACUGAUAUUGACAGUGGCUACUACACUGUGAAGUUUGAUUCCCUGCUGCUAAAGGAAGCUGUUGUGGAAGGAGACAGUGUAAUUCCCCCACUACGAAGUGAAGAUGGUGCCUCAUCUGCUGAAUCUGAUGAAGACAGUGUUGAUGAUUCUGGUUAUGCUAAAGUGAUUGAUUCUGGGGUUCCAGAGAAUGGAGAAUGGGCUCCUGCGUGCAGUUCCUCUUUCGGUGGCUGGGAAGCCCACACUCGUGGCAUUGGAUCCAAACUGCUUGUUCAGAUGGGAUACGAGUUUGGGAAAGGGCUGGGGAAGAAUUCUGAGGGCCGAGUGGAGCCGGUGCAGGCGGUGGUACUUCCUCGAGGGAAAUCCCUUGACCAGUGUGCUGAGGUGCUUCAGAGGAAGAAACAGGGGAGGCUGGACCCUGGCAGUUCGAAGAAAUCCCGAGCAAAGGGAAAUAACAGCAGGAGAUCCCCUGCAGGCAGCCGCAAGCCACCGCACAACGUGUUUGACUUUCUGAAUGAGAAACUGCGAGGGAAGAGCGCUGGGGAGAGGGCUGGAGGUGUGACACUGCCAGAGAGGAAAAGCAAAGAGAUCUACCAUGCUAGCAAGAGCACCAAGAAGGCCCUGAGCGUCCGCCUCUUCCAGACGAUGGAGAAGAUUGAACAAACACAGAAGGAUAUCAAAGGAAUCCAGCAGGCCCUGGCACGCAAUAUUGGGCGGCACAGCGUUGCUACUGCUCAGCUGGAGGAGAAGCUGGCUAAUGCACACAAGCAGCUGGGGCAGCUGCAGGCCCAGGAAGCCAGUCUGCAGCGGGAGCAGAAGAAAGCAGAUACACAUAAGAAGAUGACUGAAUUCUAGUCUCUGAGGAAGGUGCUUGACUGAAGUGGUUAUCCUUCUAGCCGACCCUUGUGCUCAAGGCCUCAAAGCCCCGGUGAGCUGUCCUGCUUCUCUGGGUCUCAGGCUGCAUUCCAAGUCCAAGAACUGGGCUGAAAAGCACCAGUUCCUGAAACUGGAUGCUGCUGAGCUCUGCCGGGAAGAGGAUGAGCCCACGUCCAUCCAGCCUUGAAGUUUGUAUAAGGACUAGCAACAAGAAACACAGUUCUCUGCUAUCUUGCACACUUCUUUCCUCUCAUCACUGCAGUAGCUGGAGUGUGUAGCUGCUCAGAUGAUAACAUUGCUGGCUACGAACCAGAUGAGGAGGGCCUUUGAAAGCCCCACAUCCUGCCAUCGGUUGUGGCUUGUGUUUGCAGCCAACUGAUGAACACAAGUGGAGGCAGGGUCCCAGGCACAUUCUGGCAGAGCAGUAAAGGCAUAUGCUAGUUGAAAACAACAAAGUUCAGCUGCUCUCUACCUUCUGUUCUUUGCUAUGGGGUUUAUCUGAGAACUCUUAAAUAAAGAGCAGUUUCUCAUCAA